AUGAUUCCACUGGGCCUCGAGCUCAGGAAGGGCCUCAGCUGCUUCCCCGGUCUGAGCCCAGGUCUGAGCCCAGGUCUGAGCCCAGGUCUGAGCCCAGGUCUGAGCCCCGGUCUGAACCCAGAGUCGUAUCAAAGCGUCUCAACACAAAGAGUCGUAUCAAAGCGUCUCAACACGAAGAGUCGUAUCAAAGCGUCUCAACACGAAGAGUCGUAUCAAAGCGUCUCAACACAAAGAGUCGUAUCAAAGCGUCUCAACACAAAGAGUCGUAUCAAAGCGUCUCAACACGAAGAGUCGUAUCAAAGUAUAACGCCUCAACACGAAGAGUCGUAUCAAAGCGUCUCAACACAAAGAGUCGUAUCAAAGCGUCUCAACACAAAGAGUCGUAUCAAAGCGUCUCAACACGAAGAGUCGUAUCAAAGCGUCUCAACACGAAGAGUCGUAUCAAAGUGUAACGUCUCAACACGAAGAGUCGUAUUCAAGUAUAACGUCUCAACACGAAGAGUCGUAUUAAAGUAUAACGUCUCAACACGAAGAGUCGUAUCAAAGCGUCUCAACACAAAGAGUCGUAUCAAAGCGUCUCAACACGAAGAGUCGUAUCAAAGCGUCUCAACACGAAGAGUCGUAUCAAAGCGUCUCAACACAAAGAGUCGUAUCAAAGCGUCUCAACACAAAGAGUCGUAUCAAAGCGUCUCAACACGAAGAGUCGUAUUAAAGUAUAACGUCUCAACACGAAGAGUCGUAUCAAAGCGUCUCAACACAAAGAGUCGUAUCAAAGCGUCUCAACACGAAGAGUCGUAUCAAAGCGUCUCAACACAAAGAGUCGUAUCAAAGCGUCUCAACACGAAGAGUCGUAUCAAAGUGUAA